GUUGAUGACGAAAGACUUGGGGCGGGUUUUGUCGAUGUAGUCCACUUCCUGCUUCUCUGCCCUGGUUUCGUCUCAACAGCUGCAUCAGCCCUUUAUCCGACGAAAGACACAAUGUCACAUCAAACGGGCAUUCAAGCGGGUAAUGAUGUGAAGGAUGUCUUUGCCAGUGCCAGGAGCGGAGACCAAUAUCGGGUCUUAAAGGUCAUCCUUGAGGGUGAGCAGCUGACUAUGGGUCCCACCAGGAAAGCAUCAAAGAAGUGGGACCAGGAGUAUGAUUCCUUAGUGCUGCCCCUCCUCGAGGAUGACGUGCCCUGCUAUAUUCUGUACCGGCUGGACUCCACUAACAACCAGGGCUACGAGUGGGUCUUCCUGGCCUGGUCACCUGACCACUCUACAGUGCGACAUAAAAUGUUAUAUGCUGCUACCAGAGCCACACUGAAGAAAGAGUUUGGAGGUGGGAUCAUCAAGGAUGAGAUUUUUGGUACCACAAAGGAUGAAAUGACUCUCAGUGGAUACAGGAAAUAUCUGACCUCGCAGGCUGCUCCACUGCCCCUCACUGCUGCAGAGGAGGAACUGAGACAGAUUAAACUAAAUGAGGUGCAGACGGAUAUCAGCGUGGAUACCAAGCAGCAGACUCUGCAGGGAGUGGCCUUCCCUAUUCACAAAGACGCUGUUGCAGCACUUGAACGCUUUAGGGACAAAAGAAUCAAUUACGUACAACUGGAAGUAGACGCUUCACAGGAGCUGAUACGGUUGUGCAACACUGAGCCAACAGAGGUUAAAGACCUGCCAAUGAGAAUCCCUAAAGAAUCAGCACGCUACCACUUCUUCCUCUACAAACAUUCCCAUGAAGGCGACUAUUUAGAGUCCACAGUCUUCAUUUACUCUAUGCCCGGGUACAAUUGUAGCAUCCGAGAGAGGAUGCUGUAUUCUAGCUGCAAAAAUCCCUUGGUCGACAUGGUGGAAAACAAUCUCCAGAUUGAGAUUGAGAAAAAGUUGGAGAUUGACAAUGGUGAUGAAUUGACUGGUGAUUUCCUGUACGAGGAGGUGCAUCCCAAGCAGCAUGCACACAAGCAGGCCUUCGCCAAGCCCAAAGGCCCUGCUGGGAAGAGGGGUUACCGCCGCAUCACCCGACCCCCCGCAGAGGGAGAGGAGGAAGAUUAAACAGACCUCAGCACCCGACCACCACCUCCACCCCGAGCACGUGGUGGGGGGGGGGAAAUCAUAUUUGACACGCUUGUUUAAAAGAAUAA